AUGCCAACCCCCAGCGACAGCACUCCGAUCGAGACCAUCUCCACUCGCACUUGUCCCGAGCCGGAUAGGAGCGCCAGGCGAGACACGCAAUCCAGCGAGCCCGUCAACGCAAGAUAUCGACCGCGGGCCAACAGGCCAUCUAUAGUCAGGCACUCCGAAGAUGGCUCCGCGAUAGCGCCAACUAAGGCAGAGAAGCGGGUGCCCAUCGUGGACAUUAAGCCGCAGCCUAUCCGAGCCAUCUCCCCUGCCGAAUCGACAUGCACCCGCAGCCAGUCCCCUACACUGCCCCAGUCAAGCUCUUCCCUGCUCAGCUGGGAGUUUUCUAAUGUUCGGCUUUUGUCAAACCACACAUCCUCCUUUUUGCGCUCAGGGAGCAAAUUCGUUGGAACACAACAAAGCGAUCGCCAGGUGUACAAAGUUGAUGUCGAGAUCAAGCACGUAGAUAUGGCGGAGUCCUAUCUUUGCGGCUACCUUCGAAUCCAAGGCCUCACCGAAGAUCAUCCUACCCUAACCACAUUUUUCGAGGGAGAAAUGAUUGGCACCAAACACACCUUCCAGACUCGGAACGCAGAAUGGGGCGCAUCGGACAAGACCGACCACAACCACUGGAGUCGAUUCCCAGCCUACCGUCCGCUGGCCAAACAGUCCAAACGACCGGAUUUCACAUACAGGAAUUUCGCACAACGUGAGCACAUAUUCAUGAGAUGGAAAGAAUCUUUCCUAGUCCCCGACCACCGGGUGCGGACAAUCUCAGGGGCCAGUUUCGAGGGAUUCUACUAUAUCUGCUUUAAUCAGGUUGAAGGAACUGUGAGCGGUGUUUACUUCCAUUCGAAAAGCGAGCGGUUCCAACAGCUUGAGCUCAAGCAUGUCGAGCAUCGUGGAUGCGCACCAUCAGUCGAGUUCCGCUAA